AUGGGCGACUGGUCAAUUUUGGGUCGUCUGUUGACAGAGGUCCAGAACCACUCAACCGUUAUUGGAAAAAUAUGGUUGACAAUGCUGCUUAUUUUCAGAAUUCUCUUAGUAACACUGGUUGGUGAUGCUAUGUAUGGAGAUGAACAGGCUAAAUUCACCUGCAAUACCCUUCAGCCAGGCUGCAACAAUGUCUGCUAUGAUAGCUUUGCUCCUAUCUCACAUCUUAGGUUCUGGAUAUUUCAGAUUGUCCUGGUGUCCACACCUUCCAUCUUUUACAUAAUCUAUGUCCUCCAUAAAAUUGCUAAAGAUGAGAAAACCGAGUUGGAAAGGGCCUAUAUCAUGGAACUUCUUCAAAGCUUAUCAAUUGGAGAUAAUAUACUGGCAUGUUCAGAAGCAGAUAAACAUGUAGAAGUUAAAGAUAUAUCCAGGAAAGGAGACAGGUUUAAACCAAAAAUUCCUCAUGAUCCCUCUCAAGGUCCUAUUCCAGUGUUUGAUAAGAUGCAUAUAAUUUACAUUGUUCAUGUGGUCCUUAGGUCAAUAAUGGAAUUGGUAUUCUUAGUUGGACAAUACUAUCUUUAUGGUUUUGAGGUUCCUCAUCUUUUCCAGUGCCAUACUUACCCUUGUCCCACAAAGACUGAUUGCUUUGUCUCCAGGGCUACUGAAAAGACAGUGUUUCUUAACUUUAUGUUCGGAGUUGGACUUGGGUGUUUUUUACUGAACAUUGCUGAGUUGCAUUACCUGGGGUGGUUCUAUGUGUUUCGGAUCCUAGCAGUUGCCUGUAAUACCUGUUGUGAAUUCAAGAGCAAGAAGAAGAGGCCCAGGGUGCUGCACGCAGAACAAAAUAACCUGCUUAUCCAUUUGAAAGACACAAUACAAGAACGUUUUGUUCUUAAGACAUCUUCAACUCUGUCUCCAGAGAAGAUAGGUUUUCUACCUUCUCCACCAACAAGUACGAUAUCCUUCACAAAUGAAGACCAUGAUGAUACUACCUCAAGACAAAGUCCAGAUAUCAAGCACAGUAGUAAAGCUAAAAUGACCAAGAUCAAGAAGUCAUGGCUGUAA